CUUCAAUAGAUUAUUAUUCAGCGUAAAUGGUGAUAUCCACUUGCACGUCAGAAAAGACGCGUUUUUUCGUGUUUUUCUAAAUGGCAUUUUAUUAAUAAAAACAAAAAUUUAAUGUGCUUUCAUAAUUGGUGAUUUAUUUAGAAAAAUUUUGAAUUCUCUUAAUCCUGCAACCGAUCUUCAAAAAGACCUUUGAAAAAAGGUGUCUGCCGGUGAAAGAUUUUUCCUGUUAAAAUUAUCCCAACACCAAAAACAAAAUGUUAACACAAUAGAUGAAUACAGGUAAUGACCGGAGUACUAGAACUACUACAAAUUUUUAUUUUUUGACAAAAUGGCGGCUUCGCAAAACUAGAAAACUAAAAAAAAAGUAGUUUUUUGGGAAAUAGUUUACACUUCAACAUUAUGAGUUCGAUCCUUUACUGACAGUUUUUCUCUGAAAGUUUCAAGAAAAACGCUUUAAAAGUUUUGGAAGUCGAUUACAAAAACAAAUUCUUACAAAUACGAUAAUAUCUUCGAAACUUUUUGCGGUGUCAAAUUUUCGAGAAUACUUUCAAAUAUAUAAACAUUUGUUAAAAAUAGAUUUUUUUGAAAUACUCAAGUGGGUAUAACCUCUUAAUCUAUUACUCUGCGAGCUCGACAAAGAACUGAGAGCAAAAAUCACGAUUGCAGUAAUAACCAAUAUGUCUCAUAAAGUAAGUCCUCGAAUUGCUCGACGGCAGUAUGGUCUGUAGAAAGCUACGCCAUUCGUUCGGGUCUGCGUGGACCAUCGACACAUGCCGUGGAGAGACCGCUAAGCUUACCAAAAUGCCGUUCUUCAUAGAGCCAUUGGAUAUUUGCAUUUCUUUCUUAAAAAGAUUACCUAUGUAAAAAAAUCGGAAAGGUCUAUGGACUCAAUUCAUCACAAUUUUAAAGCCGUGGCUCUGUAGUUUCAUAUAUUUUCAAACAUAAAGGGUAUACAAAUUAUAUUGUUGCAACCCUGCGCUCGUUAUAAACAAAACCGGUGAAAUGUCAUCACGUGACGUUUUUUCAAUUUGACAAUUGUAAAUGAAGAAAAAGUUGACAAAAGCAACAUCAAAAAAAUCAUUGGCCGGUGAAAUUUGUUGAAGUUACUACAAAAGUUCAACUAAAGUUAAUUGUUUAUUAAAAAUAAUGGCCAACAAAAAGGGUAACAAUGUGGGUGGACGCACACAGCAACAAAUAAAUGAUUCCAAUGACUACAGUGCAUUCAAAGUGGUGUUCUUCUAUUGUUCUCUAAUCGUGUUCCUGCCUGUUGCAACAUUUUUCUUGCUUAAAUCUACUGUGCUGGAACGCUUUUUCACCAUGUCUGAGAUUACAACCAAUAUUUAUUCGGCGGUUGGCGCAGUUGUGGCUUUACACUUGGCGCUGGGCUUGUACAUAUAUAAAGCAUAUUUUGGUGGCAGUCAGCACACGACGGUAUCAUACAAAAAAGUCGAUUAAUGACAAAACAUGUAAGCAUAAUUAAAAGUGAUCGAUCAGAAAAGUGUGGUGUAAGCUACGGAUGUUUCUCCGAAGAACAUGUGACUCCAUUUGGGUAUUACAAUAAGUAUACUUUAAACGUAAAUGCACAUAUAGACAUUUUUAUAACAAAUACUAUACGGUUUUUCCUACAUUCAUGUACGCUUGUUUUAAAUUGUUCGAUAUAAAAAUAAAUUGUUUAAAACUAUGUACAAACAUUUACAAAACAUGUUAUGUAUGACCAUAAAUGUAAAUAAAAAUAGUUGUAAAUAAUAAACGAUUUUUAAAAAACUAAUAUAAUUCAAACUUAAUUAUUUUUAAUAUUUCAAAAACAUUUUUUGCAAAUGUGUCAAUAUUCCUGCAUGGUUACGUCCCUUUUUACUUUUCCUUUAACAUAAUUUCUACUUUCACACACGCACAUACACGAGCUUGCUCAUACAUACGAAUCAGCCGUCACCGUUGUUUGUAUAAUCUGACAUUUUGUAAAAGGCACAUUUUAAUUUCCUUCCGUGUGUAAAUAGUUAUAAUUUAAAUAUAGAAUAAAUGAGUUAAAUAACAACUACACACAAUUUUAAAUUGCAAUGAAGUUUCUCCCUUGGCGUGGUCAAUAUUUACGCUUUUACAACCAAUGGCUUAAACAAUUGGGCAAUGCGAUUGGUGUGCGAGAUCGCCCCAAAAUCUAUAAUCUAGGCGCUUGUUUUGAGGUGGAUGAGUUGGUAAGUGAAUAACACAUGCUAGUUAAUUGUAUAUAAAAAGCGAACUUAUCCGAAGUAUAGUUAUCUAAAUAGUUUAUCGGUUGAUAGGUAGUCAAUAAAUUUUGAUAAGCAAGUGAUAAGAAUAGAAUAGAUAGUAAUAACCAGCUGAUUAUUGUGCUGACAAAGUUUUAUAUAUUUAUAGAAUAUGAAACUGAUAUGAUUUGUUUAACUUAACUUUACUUUCUACGCCAUUACGUUCUAUUUAUUGUAUGCUUAAUUCAUAUACGAAGAAACCAAUAAAACAAUACAACAAUAAAGCAGCGGAUUUGUUAACUUGCCUGCGAUAUUUACCACUGCAAGUGGUGCAAAAUAAAUAUCGAUUAUACUUAGUCUUGUAAUAAAUUGAAUUGUGUGAAAGCUUCUUAUUAAAUAAAAAUUAACUUUAUUAAAAAAUUUAUUAUAGUUUCCUUGUUAUGAAGACCUGAACUUUGUUUAACAGAACUUAUGGCAGGACUGAGUGCAUUUGGUUAUCAGAACUAAAUGAAUUAAAUUUAAAUUGAUUAGGUUAAAUUUACAUUUUCGUUACAAUAUUUUUGUAGUUAUUAUCUUAUACAAUUGUAUGCACUAAAGAGAGGAUAACGAAAAUUUAAGAACGAGACUACCGGCACUAAUUCGAUUUUGCACAUCACUAGUUGUGAUAAAACAUUGCCCAACCCCUCCUCCUACUUGUUGAACUGUGUGCUGGAGAAAAACCAUAGGGAAUAGUGCUGUCAUAAAUUAAUAAUUCAUAGAAGAGUAGUUAUGUAAAAAUUAUUAUUCUUUAGUGCAAAUCAAGCCCAUCUCGCCAAUAUACAAAAAAAAAAAAACAACACCUGUGUAAACAAACAUAUAAUUGGUUUAUGUAUGCAAAGCAACAGUUGCCGUUUGUGUUCAUAUUUAUGUUUAUAAACCAGCAGUUCAGCAGUUGAUUUGCUUUCGUGUCAGAUGUCAAUAUAGCAAUAUUCUCAGUGAGCUACGGAUCGCCCGUUGGGAAGUUGCAAUAUGUCCUUGUUAAAUGCAUAUUUUGCAGUGCUUAUCAUACUUAGUGUUAGCGUAUUUGCCAGCAAAGAUUUUCAAGGUGGCUUUGCUGUGGGACGGAAUGAGUUAACAUACCGCACUGAGGAGCUAUCACAUGAAAAGUUUUUGGCCUACGGCCCGCUUUCGGAUGUACCACACUUACGAAAAGCCAUUAACAAUUUACUUAUUACAAGAGUUGUCGGCACGGCUGGACACACGCAAGUACGAGACUAUAUAACGAGUAAUUUGCGGGGACUUAAUUGGUCCGUUGAAUACGAUAAAUUCCAUGACACAGCGCCUAUUUUGGGAAAACUGCAUUUUCAUAAUAUUAUAGCAAAACUCAAUCCAGAUGCUAAACGUUAUUUGGUAUUUGCAUGUCAUUAUGAUAGCAAGUAUUUUGAAGAUUUUGAAUUUAUUGGCGCAACAGAUUCCGCAGUGCCAUGUGCAAUGCUGCUGAAUAUGGCACACAUAUUACAAACGGCGCUUGAACCAUUCCGUAAGACAAAACUAAGCUUAAUGUUUAUAUUUUUUGAUGGCGAAGAAGCUUUCAAAGAAUGGGGCCCGAAUGAUUCACUUUACGGUUCACGUCACUUAGCAAAGCUAUGGGAAGAGGACGGGACCUUAAACCGUUUGGAUAUGAUGGUUCUAUUGGAUUUAAUUGGUUCGGCUGAUCCAACCUUUUACAGUUUUUUUCCUAAUACGGAAGGUUGGUAUUCGCGUUUGGUAUCGUUGGAGGAGCGCCUUUCGGAUCUAAAUAUGUUGCAACGGUAUAUAAGCAGCGGUGUAUCGCGCCAAUACCCGAACCGUUAUUUUCAACCAAAUACAUUACGUUCUUCAAUGGUUGAGGAUGACCAUCUGCCUUUCUUAAGGCGUAAUGUUCCCAUAUUGCAUCUAAUACCGCUACCCUUCCCAACUGUUUGGCAUACGAAAGAUGACAACAAUUCCAUAAUUGACUAUAAUGCAACGGAAAAUAUAUCAUUGAUACUUCGCUUAUUUAUGAUGGAAUACUUGCAAAGCGCAAAUGAUGAGAAGUGAACUAUGACAAAGCAAGAUGUCCAACGCAAGGAGUACUUACGUAAAAUGUAAGAAUAAUCAACGUGAUAUACUAUCUGGCUGCUGAAAUCAACGCUAUUUUCAUUGUAAUAAUUGACCACAAGUUUCUAGGAAA